UUUUCCUCCAUACUUUUCAUCUCUUUCUCUCACCAUUUCCACUUCUAACUAACCAAGAAUUGUUACGAAAACCCGAUUUAUUUUAUUAAUUUUUUUCAUCUCUUUCUCUCUCUAUAAUCAUCAUCAUUAUCAGUGUUGCUUCCAUUUCUGCCCUUAUUCACCAAAUGAGAUUAUGGUUGCAACUUUAAUACACGCACAUAUUUUGAGAAUCUGUUUAGAUUAUCUUCAGAGAUAGCCAAAAUCUGGAAUUUGAUAGAAAAGAAAACCCAUCACUGAUUGAUCUAUAUGUUUAUAUAGAGGUGUAAAGACUGUGUUUUUAAAGAAGAGGCACAUAACUUUACUAUAUGAGGCAGAAUUCUUGAGUCUUUUUAUUGAUCAAGCUUUGAGUCAUUUUUUCUUUUCUUUUUUGAGUAAAAUUUGUAAAUUUUUGUUUGUGGGUUUUUGUAAUUUUCCAUGGCGGCUGGUGCAGAGGUGUCUGGUGAGACAGUAGUAGUAGCAGUGGACAUGGUGCCUUCAUCACCAAAAAACACUGAAACUGCAAGUGAAAAAAUAAAUGAAAAGAAUGAUAAUUUUAACGUUAAGGAUUCAGGGGAGAAGGAUGUAGAUUUUAUUGUUAAGGACUCUGAUUCGAAAUCGGAAAUGCAAAUGAAGGAAAUUGUUGAUAUGUUGAAGAAACUCAAAUUGAAUCCUCUGGCCAAGGAGUUUUUCCCUUCCUCCUAUAAUCGGAGCCAAAUGGGGGACAACAAUUUUGUGUCGGCUAAGAAGCUUUCGGGCAAUGAUGGUUUUGCGAAUAACCGAAGGAGAAGAAAUAACAACAACCAAGGCAGGAGGAGAAUGGGCGGUAGAACUUUUAGAGCUCAAAGAGAAGAUAAUAUUAGACGAACAGUCUAUGUUUCCGACAUUGAUCACAAUAUAACUGAAGAACAACUGGCUGGCUUAUUCGGCAGCUAUGGACAAGUUGUUGAUUGUCGAGUUUGUGGCGAUCCACACUCCCGUCAUCGCUUUGCUUUUGUAGAAUUUGCUGAUGAGUAUUCUGCUAGAGCAGCUCUUAGCCUUUGUGGGACACUGUUGGGUUUCUCUCCUGUUAAAGUCUUGCCUUCAAAAACUGCCAUUCUUCCUGUGAAUCCUACAUUCCUUCCCAGGGUAUGA